AUGUUUUACCUGCGUUUUUAUCUAGAUGACGUGGAGGGCAGCACGGCCUACACACGUCACGUGGUCGCCGGGGAGACUGCUCAUCUCUCCUUUCCCUUCAGGUUGUGGUCUUUGCCCAGCCGUAAAGAUGUGCCGCCUGUCGCCUGGGUGUUCACUCCACUGGCCACCAAUGGCAUAGACGUCAGCAAUCCUCCGCCUACCAUUCUACUGGAGGCUGAAUUCCCUGUUAGUCGGGUAAGUGCCACGGGAGGCGACUCCGGUCCCCUCCCGCUACCUGCACACCCCAUCCUUCUCUCUUUCUGCACGCAAAAAUUGGCACUUGGAGUCAUUAUUAUCCCGAGCAUCGCCUGCCAUCUCAUGCAUCCUCCGCCGGUGGCGGGGUUGUGGCUGUUUACUUGGUCUGACUAAGCCUACUCCGCAGUUCACGAAAAGGUCUUUUUGAUCCUUUCAAGUAGUCUGUGGCUCUGCGAAUGGAUGUGUGGGAGUAGCCCUGAGAAUGAUUGAGGGUACACCUUAAGUCGGCCACGAAAUUUGUGCGUGGUUUGGUUGCGACGAGCACUGAGCUGGUUUGACGGCGGGAGAUGGGCACAUCGACUGCACCUCCCCCCUGUCCUUUUUGUAGCCAACGUCUUCAGAAAGUCCGUCCGUGAUUCUGUCAGAACCACACGUACGAAUGAAUACACCUCGAGUAGUCUCAUGUGGAUGAAGAGACGGCUUAGAUUUGUAAGCCCCCAUGUAAAUAGCAGUGACACCGUUAGAGUACUGAUCACUUUUCUCAUUCGGUUAGCAACUGUUUGGCCUUACGCAUGCUAAGAAAUGCAGUCAGCUCUCAAAAAGUCACACCCUCUCGAGUUUUGUCAAAUACUAACCAUGUUGACUCUUGUCGCCUCCAGCCGGACAUUUAAUACGGUCAGCUGUAUGAAAAUCACCCCCUGUUGCGUUAAACCCGUACCAGAUUAUUUCUUAUGUGAUGAGCUGAGUUUUUGAGCAUUCGGUCAUCCUUCAAUGACUUUGAGUAUUUAAGUAUGCAAAUUGCCGGACGCAAAAAUACUUCAGCGUGGUUAAAAUAUCGGUGUGCUAGGAACACAGCCCACGCCAACGCUAGGCAGAAUGACAUUUUACCGUUUUUCUCGAUUUUUACUACCAGUUUUACCAGAAUAAAUUUAGACAAACAGCUUGUUUUGUACCUGUGAUUUGGUUUUCUUUAGUGAUAACUCUCACGCUGACCGAUCUCAUGAAAUGUUGGCCGAAAUUCUGAAAUGCGUUUUCGAUUGGGAAGAGUUACUUAGGUCGGGUCGUAACAUUGAUUAUCAUGCUGCAUAAUCCUAUAGUAUUUCAGAUUCGUCAGGAUGUCGGCGUUUGGAUGCACUUCUUUCCGACCCUCCGCAGAAACCACAGUCGACAAAUGACUACAUAUGCAGCAUGCAUUUUUCGCAUUGAUUUCGAUGGUCUUGUAAAUUCAAAUAUAUUUUUUAGAAAACAUGCUCAAAAAUAUGCUUUCUGUUAUUCGUUUGGUAGGAAAUCACCUUGUCUUCACACUUUAUACCCGAAGAAAGGUUAUCUCUCGCUUUCAAACGUUCCUACUUAUGAGAUUUCUAAGACCGUUUCCCAAUGCUCCUCAUGAGAUGCACAACAUAUUCCUCAUCCAUUAUGAAAUCUUGUGAACUUUAUGUGGUAUCUUCCUAAAAGGCAUAGAGAAAUAUAUGAUUUCCUUGUGUGGAAAGUAUGCACCUUGUAGACUGCAAUCGCUAGACGCUAAUGCAACGGCUGAUCUGGCUCAAAAUUAUUCGUGAAUUAGGAAACUUUUUCAAAGCUAACAUAUACCCUUCCUUCGAGUAUAAACUGCAAAGGCAAUGUGAUUUGCUACCGAACGAGCAAAAUAAGGCAUAUUUUGCGUAUGUUUUCUAUAAAAUAUACUUGCAUUUAUAAAACCAUCGAAGAUCAACGUGAAAUAUGCAUGCCACUUAAGUUGUCAUUUUUUACCGAGUGUGGUUUCUGCAGAAGGUCCAAAAGAAGUGCAUUUAAAAGCCGCCAUCCUAACGAAUCCGAAAUAUUAUAGGAUUAUACGCAUGAUAAUCGAAAACGCAUUUCAGAAUUACGGCCAACAUUUCGUGAGAUCGGUCACUCGCGGUGUAGACUUCUCGACUGGACCGACGGAUCAGUCGGGGCCACUUUUAGUCUUUCAGACCCAUCCAAUGCUAUCCCUCUAGUAAUUUCCACUCUUUCAGUUCUCAAAAACCGUCCGGCCGACUAACUGUACAGACUCCAGUCUCCAAACUGCGCUGACGCCUAGUCCCGUGGCCUGCUACGAAGCCAGUCUGAGUAUUAGCAAUACCCUGAAGGCGGAUGAAGGUUGGUACACUGGCAGGGUACCUGGCGCCGAGCCCCCAACUACCUCUGUCCUCCUUCUUGUCAACUACCAGCCACUGCAGGCAACAGCCUCCUUGAUCCCAGAGUAA